CUUCUCCGUUGUCAAAGUCCGGACCCGACCGCACGCACCCGCUGGCGCCACGGGCCUUCUGUCUUUGAUGAGUCCCUUGCUCGGCUUUCACAUUCAGUCUUUCUCUCGCCCGUUGGGACUCAAGAAGCCUCACCAUGACGCCCCCCCACGUCGUCACGCUGGACAACUUGUCCACACAGCUACAACCAUGGCGACCGGACGACGACAGCCACCUCUACGCAAUUGUUGACAUGGGGAGCAAUGGCAUUCGCUUCUCCAUCACAUCCUUGGCCCCUCCAACAACACGCCUGCUCGUCCCGGUCUACUCUGCUCGCGCAGCCAUUUCCUUGUUUGACGCGCUGACACCGUCGCCUUCGGGACUGGUCUUUCCGUCUGAGACAAUGGAUGCUGUCGGGUCCGCGCUCUCUCGGUUCCAUCAGAUCGCUCUCCUCCAUGGCGUUCCACCCUCCCAGAUCCUCAUAUUGGCCACAGAGGCAAUGCGCCGCGCCGCCAACGCUUCGCAGAUGCUCACCUCCAUUGCCAAGGCGACUGAUGGCUUAGCUGUCCAGAUCCUCGACCCGUCUGUCGAGACCCUUUUCGGCGCCGUCAUGGGAUCAAGGAGCGGACUGGUUGAUGUAAAGGGUGGAGCCCUGUUCCUCGACCUGGGCGGUGGCAGUGUACAAAUGACUUGGGUCGAUACAAGCCAAGCCCACUAUGAACUUCAUGCCGCCCUGGCUGGCGAGAGUCUGCCUUAUGGAGCCGCAAAACUGACACGGGUGCUCGAGGAACAACCUCCCGAGAUCCAUCAAGCCGAAAUCGGUACCCUGGAAGAGGGCAUCGACUGCAUAUACGCAAACCUGUGCUCCAGGUUCCCCGCCCUGCAGGCCAUCAAAUCCGCACAUGAUAGAGGAGAGAGCGCCAGCGUUGACGUUUACAUGUGUGGAGGGGGCUUUCGAGGCUACGGAAGCAUGCUGAUGCACAACGACCCCAUUUCCCCGUAUCCGAUCAGCUCCAUCAACUCCUACUCCGUGUCAGGACGAGUGUUCAGGCAGACUUCCGAGAUGAGACGGCUCAACCGAGAAUACGACGGCAAAAUCUUUGGCAUGUCAAAGAGGCGGCGCCGACAGUUCCCUGCCAUCGCCACCGUCAUUGAGGCAUUCAUUGCAGCUGUCCCUAACAUUGGUAGGGUGACGUUCUGUGGAGGCUCAAACAGGCAAGGGGUCCUGAUGAUGAAGCUGCCACCGGAAGUUCGGGAGAGUAACCCUCUCGAUGUUCUGGCCCAAGUUUCGGAGCAGGAGAGGCCCAUGUUCGACGCCGUCCUGCGCCUGCUUCAGGCGGCCUUGCCUGAUAUGCACCCUACCACACCCACUCCGAUCUCGCUAGGCUUGGGCCCACUGUUGAUUCGACGCAUCUGGGAUCGUUGCGGCUAUGAUAGCAACACGAAUGCCUCAUUUGCUUUGCAUGAUGCGGUCACGCGCAAUCCUGAUUGCCCAGGCCUCACCCACCUCACGCGAGCCAUCCUUGGCCUAGCAGUUUGCGCUAGAUGGGGCACAGGUGUUGGGCCCGCAGAUGAGCAGCUUUUCAUGGGUCUGCGUCGGAUUGCCGACGAUCAUGACAGAGAUGCUUCGUUCUGGGCAUUAUACCUGGGGGCCGUCUGCGGCGUUCUUGCCAACAUCUUUCCCGUCAUGCCCCAGGAGCCAGAACAGCUUCUAAGCGCAAUCACUUUUCAUGCGGUUGUUGAACCGGGCAAAAGCAGCAAAAGGGACAAGGUUUUUCUGAGCAUGGGCCUUGCGUCCAAGUAUCAAGGAAACGUCGACCCAGAGGCACUCGCGGACGGGUUUCAGUCUGCUUUGAGCAACAAGGGAGACAAAACGCAAUUCAAGACAUCUUUUAGGGCCACAUCGCUGUCAUGAUCUCAUGACCUCAUUAGAUUCGAAUCCUCCCCAGUGCGUCACCGUAGACGCAUCGCCCACAUCUUGUCCCGGAACUCACUCGCCAUCGUCAUCACAGUCAUCGCCCCCGCCACGCCGGGAGCCUCUAGACUUGCCGCUUGCCUUUGGCGCCCGCUUUCGGGCGUUGAGCUUUUUUAGCUCGUGAUUGACCACGAGCACGCAGAGGAGGGCGUCGCAGUCGUCGGCCGAGGACCGAAGGCUCUGGUCUAGCAGACGACGGCCCAGAUGGCAAAUAUCGCCCUUGUUCUUGGGAUCAUGGCGAUGGUGAGAUCCAGCUUGAAGCCAGUCCAAGGAUAUCUCCAGGCUUUUCUUGGUACGGAACUGGUAGUGGUAGAAGAUGGCUACCAUGGGGAAGUGCACGUCGGCCAGUCGCUGGUAGUGGGCGUGGUACACCCCGCCUGCGCGAGCAGUUAGCCGCAUGGACCUUCUCAGGAGACAAACGGUAGCCGCCUACCAUUCGGACCGGCCCGAGCAAUUUGAGCCUUGAAGGCACCCAUGAGGUCACGGUACAUGAGAAUGAGCUGCCAUAAGCAUGCCCAAAUCGCCAUCCUCUCUUGGGGCUGUGGCUGGGAAUGCUGGCCGAGACAGUCAUCCAGGCUCUUCAAAACCUUGUAUUCGAGCAACUUGAGCGCCUCUCGGGCAAUCUUCCUCAGCCGCGCCUGGACCGAUAGAGGAAGAGUUACGAUGUGGUUGGCAGGGUCGCGGCACCAAAAUGACGGCAUCCUCCAGAUCCUGAAGAAGCAAUUCAUCUUAUGAACGUUGUCGACAAGGUCAUGCUGCAUCACGUGUCAGCCCACUGUGAGAUGACAUCUCGAUGUGGCAGUCUGUGUGCAUACCUUGGGAAGAGAACGACCCCCUUCAGAAUAAGCCAGUAAGAAGCUCUGCAGGGCCCGAGGGAAAUCGGCGGAAUUGUACUCCCUCCUGAUCUGGCCCUCGACCCACCGCUGCAGCGCCUCGUGGCUGGGGACGUGAUCACGAGGAAAGUCUGCCUUCUUGGCCUCAUCGGAGUCAUCAUUGGACUUGUACGGCUGCACGAUUGCGCGCAACGCGGGAGACUUCAAGUCGGUGGUGAGGAAGAUGGUGAUCUCCCUCGGCGUGCCAAAAUACCUGCGUGCGCAAGAACAGAGCUGUUCUUCGGCGUACGGGUCUUUGGACCACACAUCUAAAGACGACCUUGUCAGCGCGCCAUCGACCACGCCAGACGCGGGUAAGACGCGGGAAAGGGGAUGAGCGGGAUGUGGUACCUGGACCCUGGGUGAUGAUGGGCCACGCACUGCCUGGGGUUUUACGAGUACAGACAAGGUGCGAGUGGUCCGGAAACGACUUUCUACACGUGGGACAGACGCCACUUUCAUGACACUUGGUAUUGUCAGCUGCGGUUCAUGGCAUGCGGGAGGUGGGGGGAGGCAGAAGAAGGGGCCCGCGCGGCUGGAACUUGUCUUACUCUGGUCUUGGUUACUCGGCAUGGCAGACAGGCUCCACUCUUCCGGACAUCGGCCGUUUGAACGGGGUCGGCGAGCUGCCUCUGCCUCUUGUCAGAGUCGGCAGCGGACCGUCGACGCUUCUGGCCAGCGGACUGGCUGGCAUACUGGGCCCUGGGCUGGUCGCCGUGGACGUGGAUGCGUGGCGGGUAACCACGGGGCACGGGCUUGACGGACGACUCGGUCUGAGGAUAGGUCCAUUCAUCGUCGUGGGCCUGGGCCUCCCUUAGAGAAACGCGCGGGCGAUGAUGGCCAUCGUCGGAGCGGUCCGAGGGCAGGGAGCCGGAGUGGUCGGAGGGCGAGGUGCUCCCGCCCUGGACGAGGUCGGGCGGGGUCUGGCCAGAGUAGUCUGAGCCGUGGACAGGGUCGUCAUACGGGGCUCGCAUCCUGAGGAACUCGGCUUCGAGAUCACGGAUGGAGAGUUGAGAGGCGUGGACGGGCGACGAGGGGCUGUAGCCGCCGUGCUCGUAGCCGUAGCCGGAGAUGGGACUGGAGGGACUGUCUGAGAACGGGGGGCUGGGAUAGUGACUAGACUCGUCUAUGGGCUGAGGGGCGCCGGAAAAGGCCGGCCAGUCAAAGAACUUGUCGAAUAGUUCAUCGAGGGCCGAGGAGGAGGAGGGAAGACGGGGGUUUUCUUGCCCGUCCCAGGCGGUUGUAUCCAUGUUGAUGGCCGUGUAAGUCACGGGAUGCAGUGGGACCUUGCUUGGCUAGCUUUGGCGAAUCGAGCCCGGGGGCCUCGUGUCAGAAGGGCAAUAACGUGAAGAUGCCCAAUGUCCCAGCAGGUCUUUGUGUAAGAUUUGUCGGGUUCUGGGACUCUGCCUGACACAAGGGAAGAAUUAUAACAUGGUGUCCAUGGGGGGAGGCUCUGUCACGUCCCGUCACUUACACCGUCGGGGCCGU